AUGAGUAACAAAAAAAACAAUAUAAUUAAAAUAAUGAUAUUAGGAGAAAAGGAAGUUGGAAAAUCAUCAUUAUUAAUAAGAGCUACUAAAGAUGAAUUUAACUCACAAUAUAUACCAACAAUUGGAAUAGAUUUUGAUUAUAAAAUUAUGGAGAUUAAAGGAGAAAAAUAUAAAUUACAAAUUUGGGAUUAUGUUUCCCAUGAUCAUAUUAAUGUUUUUAAUAAACAAGUUUUAUCAAAUACAAAAAUAAUACUAUUAUUAUUUGAUCUUACAAAUAAAUCAUCUUUUGAUUCUAUAAAUAAUUGGUUAUUAAAAUUGGAUCAAUCAAAUAAAGAUAAUUCAAUUCAAAUAUUUUUAGUUGGUACAAAAUCAGAUUUAAUUUCAAAUAGACAAGUUUCGUUAUUAGAUAUUCAAUCAAAAUUUAUUCAAAAUAAUAAUAAUAAUAAUAAUAAUAAUAAUAAUAAUAAUAAUAAUAAUAAUAAUAAUAAUAAUAAUAAUAAUAAUAAUAAUAAUAAUAGUAAUAAUAAUAAUAAUAAUAAUUUACAAUAUUUUGAAAUUUCGUCGAAAGAUAAUAAUAAUGUUGAAUUUCUUUUUACUUCGGUUAUUGACUAUUAUUUAUUAAAAGCUCAACCGAAAUUCGAAGAAGAGAUAAAGAACAAAAAAAAAAAAUUAAAAAUAACUGUUUCGUGGUUUGACAUUUGA